UGAAAGACUAGAGCUGCUGCAACACUCUCACAGCCACAAUUUCCAGAAUCGUCCACCUGUUGACCGUCAGACUCCGUCCUUAUCAGACCUUCAGGUUCACAACGGCGACGCAUUCGGCCUAAACGAAGGCCACCAAAGGCAUGGAUCCGAGUAAACCACAACUCCCUGGACAACCUGGAGCCACCUCUCCAGAGGAAUCGCUCAUUGGCCGCGGCCGCAGUUUCCUCCUGCCGACAGGCGAUGCAGCCUUUGGCAGAGGCAGGGGCUUCGAGCUCUUGGCGCCAGGUGGCAUUGGAAGAGGCUUGGCUUUCCAGGGCCUGCCGAUGCCCUCAGAUGAAGGCUUGUUGGGUCGUGCGCGCGGCCUUUUCCCUCCAGCAGCUCCACCGCCCAUUGGCCCUGGCAGAGGGAUACCACUGCCUGCCGUGUCAAGUGUCCCAACACCUCCCCUGGCCCACCCCGCUCAACCAGAGGCUGCACCGUCGCCCCAAGAAGAAGAUGCCGCCAAGAAAGACCAGGAACAGGUGGUCUCGGCUAUUCACGGCUCGUCCCUGGUGUCCAUGUUCAGAGGCAUGGGCCUCGAGUCCGCCAGAGGAGCAUGGGGAAGAGGAAUGAUGCCUGGGGUGAGCAGAGGAGCAGGAGAUUUGGGAGUGGAGCCUAUCCUGCCCCUGGUGGGUGCAGGUGUGGCUGGUGGCAGAGGAGAUGGACCUGGGAGAGAUGAGAUGGGCCGCGGCAGCAGCUGGCUGGGGAGAGGACUCGUUGGAGCGGGUCGAGCAACAGUCCCACCCCUGGCCAUGGGGAGGGGGCCCGCCUCGUCGCCCAUGCCUGUACCCGUGCCCUCACCUGUGCCUGCGCCUGUACCCACACUACCCCCAGGACCAGCAGCCAUUGCUGCCGGCCUCGCGCCACCCUUGACUGGGUCGCCACCCAAAGAGCCUACCGUGCAGCCAGAAAGCUCCUCACCAAAAGGCCCCCUGAAGAUGGAGGGUACACGGGAGCCAUUGCAAAAGGCCGGCACAAAGGGCAGCUCUUUAACUGUUGGUGCCAAUAGCAUCCCCGUGAUCUGCAAGAACGAGGCGGUGUACCAGUAUCAUGUUACUUUCACCCCAAAUGUGGAGUCCAUCGGGAUGAGAUUCGGCAUGAUGAAGGAGCACCGUCCCACCACAGGGGAAGUGACCGCAUUCGAUGGUUCAAUUCUCUACCUGCCUGUUCGCCUUGAGGAGGUGGUGCAUCUGAAAAGCGAGCGGAAGACAGACAACCAGGAGAUCGACAUAAAGAUUCAGAUGACCAAGAUAAUCCCUCCCAACUCUGAUCUCUGUCUGCCCUUUUACAAUGUUGUGCUUAGAAGGGUAAUGAGUAUCUUGGGUUUGAAAUUGGUCGGGCGAAACCAUUUUGACCCCACCUGUGCAGUUGUUCUUGGAAAACACAGACUCCAGGUGUGGCCGGGCUACGCCACGAGUUUCAAGCGUACCGACGGAGGCCUGUACCUGUCGGUGGAUGUGACCCACAAAGUGCUGCGGAAUGACUCUGUUCUCGAUGUCAUGCAUGCUAUUCAUCAGCAGAGCAGAGAGAGCUUCCAGGAGGUGUGCACCAAAGAGCUGGUGGGCACCAUAGUCAUCACGAGAUACAACAACCGCACCUAUCGCAUCGACGACAUCGUGUGGUCCAAGUCUCCCAGAGACACCUUCACCUUGGAGGAUGGGACCCAGACUACAUUUGUGGACUACUACAGCAAGAACUACGGGAUAACCAUCAAGGAAAAGGACCAGCCUCUCCUCAUGCAUCGGCCCAAGGAGAGGUCAAAGCCACGAGGAAAGGUUAUAACAGGAGAGAUUCUCCUGCUGCCUGAGUUGGCCUUUAUGACGGGGAUUCCAGACAAGAUGAGGAAGGACUUCCAUGUCAUGAAGGAUCUGACGCAGCACAUCAACGUGGGAGGAGAGCAGCACUCACAGUCGCUCAAGCAGCUCCUCCAGAAGAUGAACACCAUCCCAGACGCCCAGAAGGAGCUCUCACGCUGGGGCCUGCAAGUCACCACCGACAUACUCAUGACCCAGGCAAGGACCUUGCCUCAGGAGACCAUCUGUCUGCAGAGAUCCUCUAUCCAGCCGGCCCACGACGCGAGCUGGUCCAGAGACGUGACCCGAGAGGCCUGCAUCAGUGGUGUUCCUCUGACCUGCUGGGCCAUCUUCUACCCCCGCCGUGCCGCGGACCACGUAGAGGAGCUGGUGAACACCUUCGCCAAGGUGGCGUCGCCCAUGGGCCUGAGGCUCUCCAAACCCACCCGGGUGGAGCUCAGAGACGAUCGCACAGAGUCUUACAUCAAAAACAUUCAGUCACAGCUCACCAGCGAUCCCAAUGUGCAGAUGGUGAUCUGCAUCAUAACCGGCAACAAGGACGACCUCUACAAUGCCAUAAAGAAACAGUGCUGCGUACAGAGCCCAGUGCCUUCUCAGGCCAUCAAUAUGAGGACCAUCUCUCAGCCUCAAAAACUCCGGAGUGUCGCUCAAAAAAUCUUGCUACAGAUCAACUGCAAACUGGGAGGAGAGCUGUGGUCUGUCAAUGUCCCAUUGAAACAACUGAUGGUGAUUGGCGUUGACGUCCACCACGAUACCAGUAAGAAGUGCCGAUCUGUCAUGGGAUUCGUGGCCAGUCUCAACAGCACGCUGACCAGGUGGUAUUCACGAGUGAUCUUCCAGAUGCCAAAUGAGGAGAUCAUCAUCGGCUUCAGGGCUUGCCUGCUGGCAGCUCUCCAGAAAUAUCAUGAGCUAAACCGCAGCUUUCCUGACAAGAUUGUGAUCUAUCGGGACGGCGUCUCCGAGGGUCAGAUGAAGACCGUGGAGCAUUUCGAGAUCCCGCAGAUUCUCAAGUGCUUUGAGACGUACGAGAACUAUGAGCCCAAGCUGGUCUUUAUCGUGGUUCAGAAGCGGGUCAGCACCACCCUGUACUCGUUCUCUGGGGAACGCAUCGGGCCCCCUCCCCCCGGCACUGUGCUGGACCACACAGUCACCAGCAGAGAUUGGAUGGAUUUCUACCUGAUGGCACACAGCAUUCGCCAAGGCUGCGGACUUCCUACUCACUACAUCUCUCUGUACAACACCGCCAACCUCACUCCUGACCACUUGCAGAGGCUGACUUUCAAGAUGUGCCACCUGUACUGGAAUUGGCCCGGCACCAUCCGUGUCCCUGCGCCCUGCAAGUAUGCCCACAAGCUCGCCUUCCUGACUGGCCAGUCGCUGCACUCUGAGCCUGACAUUAACCUUGCUGACAAGCUCUAUUUCCUGUGAGCGCUUGCGUGUUUUAGUUGAAGUUUUAGUGUUAGUUUUUGCAUGUGAGUUUGUGUUGUCUGAUAACAAAAUUAUGUUAAAGCAAUGUUAAUUCAACUUUGAGAUUUGAGGUUUAUUUUUUUAUUUGUUUUAUUUCUUUCUCCUUUGUCAUUUCCUGUUCAGUGUUGGCCAUGUUCAGGUUUAAAUAAAUGAUUUGACAAUCCCUUAUUACAGGCCAAAGGAAAAUGUGUAUGUGAAAAGGUUUGGCCACUAGAUGGCAGUAUUUCUACACCUAGGGGAGAACGUUGUCUGGAUUGCUGCAAUGAUUCCUUUCCGUUUGUGAACUGUGUACUGAACUCUAUAAUUGAUCCUUGAAACGAGCAGGCAAAGACAUGUUGGCAUGUUAUUUGCUUGUGAAAUUGAAUAUUAAAGUGUAGAGAUGUUCAAAUCUUUUUUGUGCAAUUACUGAAUGCACAAAGUGUUACUGCACAAUGCAAGUAUUAAGGGCAGGAAAUUCGAUAGGGGAACAAACGGGCAAGUUGUGCCCGGCCCAGGGAGAGACGAGUGCACAGAAUGACAUCCUCAUUACAUUGUAUGUAUUCAGAUAACUUUGUCCCAAAGCUGUCAGCGGCCCUGAUUAAAUGACUGCGAAGCAAAUAAAAGGGUUUAAUAACUUGA